AUGACUGGCGUGGUAGUCGUCUUGGGUACUGAGACAAUCCACUGCGUCAACAACUUGUUGCUGCGCCAAAGACGAUUCCAUAGCGGCUGCUGUGGCAUGCGGUACGGAAGAUGCUCAGGGAAGCUUUUACGGGAUUCGGGAUCUGUCGACAAAUUUGCUGGGGUUGGAACUGCCGCCGGCAGUGCUUCCUCGGCAUCAGCGCCCUCUCCGACAACAGAAGCUCUGUGUCGCUUUAAGACGAUAGAAAGUGAACGCGGUCCAAGUCACAGCGAUCUCAAGAACUUCGCAGUCAUCGUCGAAUACGACUUAUUCGUCCAGGUCUGGACCUGGUCUUCUGGCUACCACCUAUUCCAUCACAGAGACGAGAAGAAAGCAUUAGCAUCCGUCUCCUGCGGAGAAGCCACUGUCGUGAGACUAGUAGGCGCUUUGAUGAAAGACACCGUAGCUGUAGGUGUCGUUCGACCCGGGAUCGUUUGA